AUGGAGGACUUUCUGCUCUCCAAUGGGUACCAGCUGGGCAAGACCAUUGGGGAAGGGACCUACUCAAAAGUCAAAGAAGCAUUUUCCAAAAAACACCAAAGAAAAGUGGCAAUUAAAGUUAUAGACAAGAUGGGAGGGCCAGAAGAGUUUAUCCAGAGAUUCCUGCCUCGGGAGCUCCAAAUUGUCCGUACCCUGGAACACAAGAACAUCAUCCAGGUGUAUGAGAUGCUGGAGUCUGCCGACGGGAAAAUCUGCCUGGUGAUGGAGCUGGCUGAGGGAGGGGAUGUCUUUGACUGCGUGCUGAAUGGGGGGCCAUUGCCUGAGAGCCGGGCCAAGGCCCUCUUCCGUCAGAUGGUUGAGGCCAUCCGCUACUGCCAUGGCUGUGGCGUGGCCCACCGGGACCUCAAAUGCGAGAACGCCUUGUUGCAGGGCUUCAACCUGAAGCUAGCUGACUUUGGCUUUGCCAAGGUGUUGCCCAAGUCGCGCCGGGAGCUGAGCCAGACCUUCUGCGGCAGCACAGCCUAUGCCGCCCCUGAGGUGCUACAGGGCAUUCCCCAUGAUAGCAAGAAAGGUGAUGUCUGGAGCAUGGGUGUGGUCCUGUAUGUCAUGCUCUGUGCCAGCCUACCUUUUGACGACACAGACAUCCCCAAGAUGCUGUGGCAGCAGCAGAAGGGGGUGUCCUUCCCCACUCAUCUGAGCAUCUCGGCCGAUUGCCAGGACUUGCUCAAGAGGCUCCUGGAACCCGACAUGAUCCUCCGGCCUUCAAUUGAAGAAGUUAGUUGGCAUCCAUGGCUAGCAAGCACUUGAUAAAAACAAUGGCAAGUGCUCCCCAAUAAAGUAGGGGGAGAAAGCAAACCCAAAAAUCCGCUUCUAAAAUGGUGAUAUAUAUUUUACGCCUUAAGUUCACUUAUCCUAAAACUUACAUCUACCCCAGCCUUACUACUACUCUUUCCUCUUAGAGAUCUUCAUGGGAUCAAAGGGCCUCAUUCAGACUUUUUUUUUUUCCUCCUUGCUCUGUCGCCCAGGCUGGAAUGCAGUGGCACGAUUCCAGCUCACUGCAACUCCGCUUCUCAGGUUCAAGCGAUUCUCCUGCCUCAGCCUCCCCAGUAGCUGGGAUUAUAGGCACCUACCACCAACGCCUGGCUAUUUCUGUAUUUUUAGCAGAGAUGGGGUUUCAUCAUGUUGGCCAGGCUGGUCUUGAACUCCUGACCUUAAGGGAUCCGCCUGCCUCGGCCUCCCAAAGUGCUGGGAUUACAGGCGUGAGCCACCGUGCCUGGCCUGACAAGUGAUUUUCAUACUAAAGUUAAUUAAAAUAGAUCCCAGAAUUAUAUACAAACGGGGAGGAGAGGAGAAAAACGACCAAGAACAACUGAAGCCAUUGUUGUUGCAACUUCCUUUCCAAAGAAAAGCAGAGGUGUUGGGAGUGCAGAGAUGGCCUCCUGACUCCUUGUCCCAGUGAGAGGCCUGUUGGGAGCCCUGUCCUUUUCUCAUCCCAAAGGCAAAGCUGAAUCUGGGAUGAGGACAAGGGAUGUCCUCUGGACCCAGGCUAUCCCUCUACCCUGUUUCUGGCUCCAAGUGGGAAGCCAGUCCUGCCCUGGCCCAGUGUACCUGCCAAGGGGACGAAAACAGACCCCAGACACCUUCCAGCUUCGGUUGAAUCACUUUAAUGCUGUUAACGGCAAGUCUGUAAAAGGUUCAGGACAAAGUUCUUUUUUCUUUCUUUUUUAAUUAUAAAACUAACAGCUGUUAGAAUCUUUUUUCUUUUUUUUUUCCUUUUUUCUUUUCCCAGCUACAAAAUACUCUGGGGAGAUGCAUUAUAAUUUAAAAUAUAUAAUAUUGCACAAACAACCAAAAAGUUAAUUAAACUAAAGAAAUAAUUACAAAGAGAAAAACCCCAUCCCAUCAAAAAAAAGAUUCAGCAUUCUCUCCAACCCACCCCCUCACUGAAGGUUUGAAGUGGAAGUGACCCCACUCUCUCGGUGUCCCUGACCACGAUCCCUUUCACUCACUGGUGAGUACACCAGAUUAGGUACAAGAAUCACCAGAGCAGCAUCGUGAAGCACCAGGCUCUCCAGAGAUUCCUGCAGCCCCUUAUUCCCCCAGAGGUGCAGCUUUACCAGACUGGAGGGUGAGAGCGCAAAGGCUGGGUCUGUCUUCAGGAAGAAGAGCUUUUGCAGAAGCCUGAUGAGAGUUUCAAGUUCACCCCCAGGAUAGCCCUUCCA